UUUUUUUUUCUUUUUGCGGAAUUAUGAAAAUGACUUUUUUUUGGCAAGCGGUGGAUCACAGCAAAACCAACAACUUUUCCCAGUUAGACUUUCCACUAACUGGAAGCAGCUGCAACAACAUGAGGAAAUACUGCUACAAUCCUCCCAAAGACGCGCCCAUCAUAACCGCUCAGGAUCCUCCUGUGGUUGAUGCCGCUGCUGAGAAUCCUGAACGUGGUAACUGGACCAACAAGACAGAAUACAUGCUCUCCUUGACAGGUUACGCAAUUGGUCUGGGAACCAUUUGGAGAUUUCCAUAUUUGGCCUUUAAGAAUGGCGGGGGUGCCUUUGUUAUUGCCUAUUUCACCAUGUUGGUUUUGUUCGGGAUUCCUCUUUACUUCCUGGAGAGUGCCAUCGGUCAGUUCGCCAGUCAAGGCACAGUCAACGCAUGGAGAGCAGUGCCGCUACUUCAGGGUGUCGGCGUCGGCUCGGUCUUGUCAACCGGCCUGAUGUCAAUAUACUACAACGUCAUCGUGUCCUAUGGUUUGUUCUACCUUUUUGCCUCCUUCCAAUCUCCUUUGCCGUGGUUGAAGAGCCUCAGUUGGGGAGACAGAAACUGCAGCGACAAGCCUUCAGUGGCCAACUGGACUCAGGACAACUUAACCUGCAUGUCAUCCGACAACCUCGAUGUUCGAGUGCACAGCCCCAGUGAGCAGUACUGGGAUGGCGUGGCUCUACAGAGAUCCAGUAGUAUCGAGGAGACGGGCCCCAUCGUUUGGCACUUGGCUGUCUGUUUGCUGCUGAUCUCCAUCGUUGUGAGUGUGGUGCUCAUCAAAGGAAUCAAGUCCUCAGGAAAAGUGAUGUAUUUCACCACUUUGUUCCCGUGUGGGGCGCUUGUGAUCCUGCUGAUCAGGGGCGUGACACUUGAGGGAGCCAGAGAUGGGAUAGACUUCUACAUCGGUGCUAAAUCCAACUUCACUAAACUGGCAGAAGUGGAGGUCUGGAAGGACGCUGCAACUCAGACUGCGUUUGCGCUUGCAAUUGCUGGUGGAGGACUUGUGACUCUUGCUUCUUACGGCAGGUUCCACAACAACGUGUUCGUGGACUCGCUGGUCAUUAGCGUUAUCAACCACGCUGCAAGUUUUUUAGCAGGCUUUUCCAUCUUUUCCAUUUUGGGUCACAUGUCCCACAUCUACCAAGUUCCGAUUGGAGAAGUGGUAAAAGAUGGAUUCGGUCUGGCAUUCAUUGCAUACCCGGAAGCCCUAACGAAGCUUCCCAUCCCCACCCUUUGGUCAAUCCUCUUCUUCUUCAUGAUAUUCAUCGUCGGCCUCGACUCUCAGUUCACAACUUUCGAAGUGAUCGCCACCACCUUCAUGGAUGCUUUCCCUAAGUCUAGGCGGGCCUAUGUAAGUGUAGGAUGUUCCUGUAUCUGCUUCUUGCUAGACCUGCCAAUGGUCACAAAGGCAGGAAUAUACUGGGUAACUCUCUUGGACACGUUCCUUGGAAACUCAGUACUGAUUGUUUUGGCUCUGAUGGAGAUCAUUGGCUUCUGCUACAUAUAUGGUAUGAACCGAUUAAUUGAGGACAUUGAGAUGAUGAUCGGGAAAAAGAGCUUCUGGUUCUGGCUGUGGUGGAGAGUAUGUUGGUUUUUUAUCAGCCCCUGUAUCCUGUUGGUCAUCCUGGUGUGGUCUGUGAAGUCAUUUAAGCCCCCCAGCUACGGAGAGGUAAAGCUCCCAUCUUGGGCAGUAGCGGUGGGUUGGUGUGCUACUGCUCUCCCACUCAUAUGGAUCCCUGUCAUUGCUGUUUACAAGAUGAGCAGAGCAGAAGGAAACCUUUGGAAGCGCCUGAAGUCACUGUGUUCCCCUGCGGAAGAAUGGCAUCCUUUUCUGGACAUGCAUCGAGGCGAGCGCUACUCAGAUGAAUGCUGCCAAAAACCAGCAGAUGACCGACAAAUGUCAAUGCCAGUGUUCAGUGCUUUGUGA